AUGGCACCACCACUGCCGCCGUCACCUGUUCAGCAUGAACUGGCCGAUUUGGCGCGCGUUUUCCGGGAGCGGUCAACGAAGGAAAUUCCCCUUUCGUAUAUGGAAUAUUUGUCACUCUCAAAGCGGAUUAGGGUACUUUCUUUGCCUCAGCCCCAACAGCCAUUGUGGAAGGAGCCAAUAGUGUCUUCUUCUGCUUCUUCCUCUUCCAAGGAAGAAAAUUUCAUGUCAUUUUCUAAUGCGGCAAAAGAAGCCUUGCGAAUCCUAGAGGAAGUUAAAAGCAGGCCUUUGUUGUCCAGCAGGAAGCGAAGGAAACUCGCACCGCCGCCCUCAUUUGUCUGCCCUUCAAUGCCUGAAGAUGAGAUUGCUAAUAUUUCCGCCUCAGCGGCAUCUUUACCCUCCUCAUAUAGAGCCCCAUCGACGCCAUCGUUGACAUCAAAACAGCAAGAACCUGGAGUUCGACCGUGGUGGAGCUCCAUUUGGAAUGUGUACGAUACACUUUAUUCGGUUACUAGACGACCAAAAAAGAUCCCAGUAAGUAAUAAGGAUAUUGUCCAGCGGGAUUUUUCUUUUCCAUCUGUACGCACAUUCCUCUCAGAUUCCAGCACAGCUAAUAGCCAAAGUGGCACCUUGGCUCCAUUUGGCGGCUCUUUAGUGGGCAAUGGACAACCGGAAACCACAUUGCCUUCCCCGAGUGGUUCCGUAUUUUCCAUAGAGGCAAAUAUUCCUCGCUCUGACGCUUCAAAUAGUAUUUCAAAUCAUGACCCAAAGGCACAUAUGGAACGAGCACCAAAAGUGACUUUUUCGCUUCCAGAAGACCGGCCCGAAAUAUCAUCCACAUCCACAAUUGCACCAUCAACUGCUCAAUCAACUGCCCCAUGGGUGCCGAUAGCGACGCCUAUGUUGCCAGCGGCAACUUCAUUUCAGCCUUCUUCACAGUUUUCGUUCUCGUUUCCUUCUUCCAAUCAAAAGUUUGAUAUGGCUUCAAAAGCCUCAUCCAUUGAAAUCAAGGAGAUUAUUGAGGACGAAAAGGAGAAGAAAACGCUUCCGGAGGAGGAAAAAAAGCCCGAAUCAAGUUCUUCCCUUACCUUACUCCCAAGUAUAUCUGCGCCAGAUUCAAAAUUGUGUCCAGUUGCAUCGCCUACGCCCUCUUUUGAAGCGUCAAGACCAUUCUCUUUGACAUCUACGGCUUCUACUCCACCUGCGGCCUCUGCAACAUCUGCGGACUCUACAAAAUCUACGCCACCUGUAUCAUCCCAGCUCCCCGCCAUGAGCGCCAAAGGAUUUUCCUUUUCCUUUCCAUCAGCCAAUGUCUCCCAAUCGACCCCAACGCAAGAUCAGAAUUUGAAAACACCAUCACCGUUUGGAAGCUCUAGCGCUUUCACGUUCAAUGGAUCUUCCACUUCACCGUUUGGGAGCCUCAACAAUACGGCUCCCGCUUCUCAAAAGGAUGGGGCUUCUUCUGUAGCCGGAGCUUCCUCGCUAUUUUCAACCAUUUUUACGCCUGCAACUCAAACAGGCUCCACAGCGGACCCGAAAGUUGGAUCGGUCUUUUCAUUUGGAAGCCAAGUGACUUCUCCUUCUAGUGGCCCCUGUCAGCCAUUCGUGUUUGGAGCAAGUGGUGCCACUAAUGCUGCAUCCUCAUUCCCGGGCCUACUACCUACAGGUUCAGCAGCCAUUGCAGCGGACACUGGACUUCCGUCCACGGGUGCAAUUGGAGGUUUUUCAUCACCGUCGUUUAUUAGUAAUGGUGGGGGGCUCAACUCGCCUGUCAUGUCAGCCGGAUCUUCACAGGGCAGGUUCAUAAUACCGGCCCACAAGCUUAAGCGCAGGCGGUAG